AUGAGAUCAGAAAGGCGUAAAGUUGGUACCAGUUACAUACUUUUCUACCGGACCCUCGGCCUCCCCAACACACUCUUGAUACGAAAAAAAUUCGAGGGUCAAAAAAUAUGCACGAACUUACCUAUUUCUAUCUGUGCUUACUGCAGCUAUCUGUUGGUCUUGGAUCGAACAAACUGGAAAUCAAACAUCCUUACAGGGCUCUUAAUCCCCUACAUUUUCUUUACCCUUCCUUCAAUAUUGUUCAACUUCUUCAGGGGACAGAUUGGAAGAUGGAUUGCUUUAGUUGCUGUCAUCUUACGGAUUUUCUUUCCUAAACAUUUCCCAGAGUGGCUUGAAUUGCCGGCUGCAUUGAUUCUUCUUAUAGUCGUUGCUCCUAGUUUAAUUGCAAACACCGCGAGGGGCGACUGGAUUGGCGUUGUAAUAUGUCUCGUCAUCGCUGGUUAUUUGCUGCAAGAACACAUCCGGGCAGCCGGUGGGUUCAGAAAUGCUUUCACAAAAGCCAAUGGCGUAUCGAAUACCGUUGGCAUAGUUAUUCUGUUCGUCUACCCUGUUUGGGCAUUGGUGCUUGACAUCCUAUAGACUUUACAACCAUUCUUGCCAUCACAUGGAGUCUUCUGUGAUUUGGACAUUGUGUUAAAUUCCUUUUUUGUAUUUAAUUCAUGUAGACACCAACAAAAUUCAUAUUUUCGUUGUGUUUACCUACGAGUCUAGUUUGUAUUUAUGAAAAUGUGAGCAGAAACCUUGUGGAAGAGACUUAUUUUUCUUUGAUGUAGAGAGAGCUCAGUAUUUGUUCAAUGAUUCUUGAAGGA